AUGAAUGAGUCUAGGCACCCGUCACUGUUCUUCAUCACACUUCCAGAUUUACACAAACUCUGUGCUGUCAGAAUAAUAUUGAGUAAUGGAUUGGCAGAUACUGAGAUUAGGAGUAUACAAAUGAAGAUAUGCAGGCAAUUGCUGUUUCUGCAUCAAGAUAUUCUUACAUCACCUGUGCCUGGAAUAUUAAACCAAAUUUGGGUGGUGAUGGCGAUACCAUUUUAUAAAACUGGAAAACUUAAUGCCUAUGUUGAAAAAUACAGAGCUAAGAUGGAGGCUCCAGAGAGAGUAAUUCCAGUAAUUCUUCAACACUGCCUCUCAUAUUCAUUCAUAGUUAGACUUGCUCCAGCCUGGAACAGAACUGGCCAUUUCUUGAUACAAGGAAGAGAUUUUCUUUCUCAGAUGGGAAAGCAAAGUGCAGUUGUAGUGGACAUCAAUGUAACAGAAACACAAGUUUGUCUGAGUAUAGAAGCUUGUACAAUCAGACUGCCACCGCCUGAGCUAAAAGAAUUUGAUAUUUCUCAGAAUAUUAUAAAGGAUUUUUACACUAACGAGAAUGCUGUUAUUGAAAGACACUCCAUUUUAAGCAACUGGUGCUACGUUUUGCCAAGCAUGAAAAUGGGACAAAUUAUAAGUAUUCUUCGUGCCAUACCCCCUGACUGUCCUUUUCGCUCAUAUGAAGAUUUCCAGAUGCACUGGAAUGACCUGUAUGGCUAUAAACUUCCAGAAGAUGGUGGAAAUAUUAAAAUAUACUGCAGCGUCUAUUUCAAAAUGAUUGGAGAAAGGACCUUCACAUACCCUCUCAGCUGCAUCAGAAGUCAGCCCGUGCAGUUCUUCCCAAGGGUAGAUUUGGAAGGUGUGUUGCAAAGUUUCCUUUCAGAUUUAAAGUCUAGACUACCUCAUAUAUGUGGAUUUCCCAUAAGGAUGACAAACAAACCAUGCUACUUCACACAAGAACUAAUGAAUCCUCACAUACAGGAAAACAAAGUCAAGCCACCUAAUUUGACCACUAAAAAAACAUUCAGGGCAUCUGUGACUCAAGCCACUUCAAUAAAACCCACCUUGGUGCAAAGUCUUCCACCUAGUUCAGCAACAGCUGACCACAAGGGGGAGUUUUCAGUCAGCCAGCCAAAGUCAGACACUUCCUUAGUUCCCUGUCUCCAGCCACAAUCUAUGCAGGGCCACAAGAAAUUCCCAUCUAACAAAGUACCACAAGAAUGUUUGGAAGUAUUAAAACUGAACAGAGGAGAUACUCAAGUUAAACACACAAACCUUUGCUGCCAAAAUAACAUCACCCCUAAAUUCAUACCAGUUUUCAACAAUAGUUCAUUACAGAUGAACGAAAAUAUCUCAGCACUUGGCAACCUGCAAAGAAAACAUGUUACAGAAUACAAAGUGUUUUCACUUAAAGCUAGUAUGAUCCAGAGUGACAAACUGGAUUUAGGACCAGCUUUAAAAGAAAGAUCUGAUACUAACAUUCACGUGCAUGCCAAAAAUUUAAAUCAGAAGAGUUCCAGACUUCUGCAAGAAAUAAAUGCUGAGUCCUGUAAAGAAAUGACAGAAUGUACCUCUUCUAGUAGAAAAUCAAUUUCGAGUUUAAAUGAAAGUAAACAACUCCCUAAUAGUGCAGUAUUUCAUAUAGCAAAUAAUCCAGGGAUGAUAAAAAGUGCUGGUGACUCCCAAGUAAAUGGAAAAGAAAAUUUAACAAAAAAAUGCAUAACACAAAUUUUAGGGAAGGGCCAUGAAUCACUACAACUGCAAAGAAAACCACACAUUUUUGAAUCAGCUGUGGGACUGGAAUAUCCCCAGGUGCUACAGCAACAAUCAGCAAUUCAAGUUCAAGAAGUUGAUGUAAGUGAUCCCAGGUUGAUAGUAAGCAAAACAGCGCACAGGUGUAAAAGGAAAGUGUGUCUGGAGUCUUCAAAAACUUCAAAGAGGCAUCAUCCCACUGCUACCCAUAAAGAGCAAUCCAGUGCUGCUAGUAACCAGUGUCUCAGAAGACCUCCAGGGAAGCUGGUAGACCUGCCGCCGCCCCCAGGAUGA